UAGGGACACAUCCUUCUCAAGCAGGAGUGUGGGUCUGCUGACUUUGACCAAGCGGAGUUGUGAGCCUGUUGAUAAACCUUGCAAUCCUGUCGUCUGAGUGAGGCUUGGUGCAUUGGCAGCUUGUAUAAUUUGCGUGGAUGUAGAAUAAUGUUUAAAAACAAUGCUUAUUCAGUCAAAAUCCGAGAAAAAGAGAAAGAAAGAAAGAAAAAAUACCAAAGAAGAUUUAAAGUAAGUGUAAGGUGGUGGGUUGAGGGAGGUAAUAAUGAUCGAGUUACUUGACGACUAGGUUCAUCAACAAGAGCAAUGUCAAGCUGAGCUUUAAAAAAAGAGAUUAUAAGGACUUCUAAUAAUCAUAAGUGAAGAUUUAUACAGCGCAUAUUCACACUCACGAAGUAUGCACUUAAAAUUUACAAAAGGAAUGAUACAUGUACCAACUGGAUAGCAUACGAAGGGCGCAAGAAUAAACAACAGUGAUGACAACGAAUAGAAGACAGAUAUAGAAAACUUCUGUUAUCUGAUCCAUAAUUGGAAAAAUACUAUCAAGGCGUGACCUAUAUUUCCGCACGUUGAUCAAGUGAUUGAUAUAGUUUCACUUAAAAAAAAAAAUCGAUCGAAUACAAAAAACCAGCAACAGUUAAUGGUAGAUAACCAUGUAUACAACGAAGAGAGGGUCAAAAGUCGAGUUGCCUCCCGUUCACCAUCAGUACAUAAGGACACACACACAUCAGAAUGCAAAUCAGCUAUUUACAGGAUGGGGAGCAUCAUCUUUUUUAUGAACAACAAAAAUAUAACGAUAGUGCCUAAUUAGUAAGAACAGUUGUAAAUAAAAAAUAUUUUGAGUGUAAAAAAAUAAUUUUUUGUAACAUUUGCACAGUUUUAUAUAAAACUUAACAGAUAUUUCAAGUAUUUGAUCUGAUACAAUAAUUACUCCAUUUAAAGAUGGCGUCUACCGUGCGUCUGCUUUGGGGAGUUAUUUUUCUUGUAACUUUUACUACAUGUUUUUGUUGGGACAAUGACGAAUUAGAAAUAUUUGAUCUUGUUGAAGAAAUAAACGCAAACUUCUACGAUGUCCUUGGUGUGGCACAGGACUCGAGUUCAUCAGAUAUUCGGAAGGCAUACAGAAAAUUAUCUCUGCAGCUCCAUCCAGACAAAAAUAAAGCAGACGAUGCCGAAGAAAAGUUUCGGCAGCUUGUUUCUAUUUAUGAAGUUCUUAAAGAUGAAGAAAAAAGAAAGAGAUAUGACAGAGUCCUUGCUGAGGGGCUUCCUGAUUGGCGUAUGCCAGUGUUUUAUUAUCGCCGUGCUCGGAAGAUGGGCUUAGUUGAGCUGUCUGCUGUUCUUGCACUCAUCAUGACCAUUGGCCAGUACAUGUUUGGCUGGGCUGUUUAUUUUGAGCGUAGGCUUACAUUGGAAGAUUUGAUGGACACGAAAAAGAAAAAGGAGAAGAAGAAGAGGAAUAGAGGAAGUGAUGAAGGAAAGACAGAUGAAAUACAAGAAGAAAUAGAAUCUCUUCCACGUCCACGGCUUCUGGACCUCUGGCCUUUUCGUCUGGCUGUAUUUACUUUCAGGUGCAUCUGCAAUGGACCUGUCUGGAUAAAGAAACUUAAAGAACAUCUUGCUGAACGCCGUCGACUAAAAGAAGAAGCACAGCAGCUACAACAAGAGGUGAAGGAAACAGAAGGAGAGACAGAUGUACGAAAACCCAAACGUCGAAAGGUUGAAAUUCCAGAAUACUCAGCAGAGUUUUAUGAAGUGUCAAAUCCAGCUGUUUCUCAAAUUUUUAGUGACGCAGAAAAUUCUAAGGAAAUGCAAAGGGAGAUUACUACAGCCAAGGAUUCUGAGUGGACUGAAGAAGAGCUGAUUCUUCUUGCCAAGGCAGUAAAUAAAUUUCCUGGUGGCACUCUGCAUCGCUGGGAAAAGAUUGCUGAAAUGGUUGGCCGGUCUGUUGAAGAGGUAACAUUGAAGUCUAAAGAAAUAAAGGGCACUUACAUCAUGAAUCUUAGUACAUCAGCUCAAGGAGACAUUUUGGGCAAGAAGACAAAGAAAAGUGUCACAAUCAAUGAUAAUGUCAUUACCACAGUGGAAAAUGGUGAAACUUUUGCUUCUGUGAUGGUCCUGCCAACAGAAGGAGAGAGCACAUCAAAGCGGCGGCAUAGGCCUGCAAAAAUCCCCAAGACAAAUGAGAGAACAUUGAUGAUUGGUCGGACACAGCCUUCAAGGGGACUCUUUCAGUGUAUUAGUUCAAAUGCUGAUGCCAAACAAGUUUCAGAAGGCGACAAAAAGCCAGAAGCUUUAGGAAUUAAGUCCUCUAAUGGUGCGUUGGAAGAUGUGCCUGAAAAUAAUGACAGAACUUGCAGGCUGGAGACAUAUGGAGGUGGCGAGUCUUGGACACAAAAUCAACAGAUGAUUUUUGAGUGGGCUUUACGGCAUUUUCCCAAGGGAACUGAUAAGAGAUGGGAUAAAAUAGCUGACCAGAUUCCAGGAAAAUCCAAAGAAGAUUGCAUUCUGAGAUUCAAGUUUUUGGCAGAGAUUGUAAAGAAAAGGAAAGAAGAAACCCUACAGUCAUGACCGUCAUAAUAUGCAUUUUUUUUGUGUGACUUAAUAUGUUCAUGUCUCCUGAAACUUAGAAAUAAUGAUUUUGGUUAGAUAAGUUGUAGUUUAUGUUUAAACAAUGUGUGUGUAUGUGGAAGAGGGAGAGACCACAAGAGCUUUCAGAGUAAAUAGCACUCAGUUCUUUAUGGCUGCUUAAACACAAGACAGUUGUCAUCAGUUUUCUGAACAAACAGAUUUUCUUUUCAAAAAUAUCCGAUUUAUAUUCUCUGUGAUACAGAAUCUUUACUCGGGGUAACUUGGAGCUUGUUAGUCACCCUCCGUUCUUAUUAAAUGUUGAAAAAGAGAAGGGAGGGACCAUCAACGAGCGACGGGAAGGGAGGAUAAAGUCAGGUACAGUGUAAGGUUGGGUGAGAUGGGAGAGAAAGAGAGACGACCAGAGUGAACAGAUGGAGACAUCUCUUGUUUGAAAUCUCCAAACGGCACAAGCGUCAAACUGUAAGACACGACAGACGUCAGACUGUCAAGCUGGACAGACGUCAAACUGUUAAACA